AUGUCGAGUAAUGUUUUUCGUUCUUUUGGCCAAAACUCGAUGAGAAGAACAACUGGGUUUAGGGAGAAUUCGGAAAAUGGGGAUCUUAAUGGCCAAGAUGUUUCCAUGACCUCGUUUUCUAUAGGGAAUAAUAAGACUCAAUCGCCCACACAUUUUGCCACGUCAUCAUUGCUAAUGAGAAAUGGGAAUAGUAGUAUAAGCAAUGCAAAUAAUGCUUGGGCAUAUUCAUCAUCUAGAGGUGGGAAUUCCCAAAGAGGAGUAAGUACAGUAGGACCAUCUUCAAUGACUGGAAAUAUGAACUCAGCUGCUGCAUCAUCGUCAAAAGGUAGAAGUAUUUCGGAUAGCAGAAGAGAGGGUUUAAAAACAAUAUUAACAUUUUUGAGUAAGAGAGGAUACCCAAAUCAGAUAAAUCCAAAGACUUUAAAUAGUCCAACAAGAGCUUUAUACUUGGAAGUUUUACAAUUUAUAAUAAGUCAAUAUGAUUCAAGAAUAAAGAUAUCUAAGCCAGAUGAUGAGAUUCCAAGAUUUUUUAAAGAUAUCGGAUAUCCUAUAACGAUAAAUAAAACUACUAUAAUAGCACCAGGAGCUCCAAAUACCUGGCCACAACAUAUUGCAGCAAUGACGUGGCUUUGUGAGUUAUUAGAUUAUGAACAAGCCAUUUUUCCACAUUUGAAUUAUAGCAAGGAUGGAGAAUUUGGAGGUUACAUGGCGGAUACAUCACUAACAAGUACUUUGUCUAAUAUUUUUCAACAUGCAAAUUCGAAUAUUUCUAAUGGUUUUACAAAUUUUGAAGGAAAUAACGGUAAUUUAGAUUCGUCAAAGUUAUUAUCUCAGACAUUGAAUAGAAGGUUAAAUGAGAGCUAUAAAUUAUUCCUAAAUGGCCAAAAUGAUGGUGGAUUAUUAAAUGAAACUUUGGAGGCUUAUUGUAGGGAAAGGAAGAAUCAGGCUCAGCAAGCAUUAGAAAAAAAGAAACACGAACUUGAACAAAUGAAUAUGGAAAUUCAAAAAAUUAACCACGAAUUACAAGAGGGAGAACUAUUACUACAAAGGAAUCACACACUUUCUCAAGACCUAUUAAAAAUGGAACAUGCUGUUGGCCAAUGCCAGAAUUCUAUCAGGCAAAUGGAAAAUUCUUGCAAUGAUGCAGAAAAUAUUUUGAACAUAAAAAAAAAAGAGUUGAGGGAUAUUGAAGAUGAAAUAGAAAAACUACAAAAGAGAAUUGCAAAUCAAGGAAUACAAAGGGAUGAUGUUUCCAGAGUUUAUCAGGAUAUGAAAGUUAAGAGGCAGACAAUAAGAAAUUUAAGAACAGAAAGAGAGAACACAGAAAAAGAAAACUGGGAAAUUGAGUUGUCUAUUGAAGAACAUUCAACUAAUUUGUUUAAUUUGAGCCGAGUCUGGAAUAGUAUAUAUCAGGAAAUCAUUAAUAUUACAUCUAAUGAAAUAAGAACAAAUGAAGUUUGUUCCUUUAAUUUACUUCAGCCAUUAUCUUUGAAUGUUUCAUAUUCAGGAAGCCAUGAUAAGUCAGAGGGAGUGAAUGGAAUAAUUGGACAGAAUUGGAGUAAUAUGAAACAUAGUUGCAAAAGGUGCAUUGUUGAGGUUGAAAUGUGGAAAAGAAAAUUGAAAACACAAGAGGUUCAAUUCAGUGAAAUAAUGAAGAGUACAAAGGAUACUAUAAUACAAAAGAAACAGGCAUGUGAUGCUUUGGAAAAAAAAAUCAAGAAUUUGGAUGGAGAUUUGACAGUUUGUGAUAAGAGAGAAAUGAGACAACUGGAGCAGAUUCAGGAAAAAGUAAGGAGCUACAAAGCAGAAUUUGAUCAGAAUAGGGAUGAGGCUCUAAAAAGGUUAGAAAAGGCAAAGAGCCGAAUUAUUCAACUUGAGCAACAAAGUAACCUUCAAGAAAGCCAUUCUAGAAAUGAAAUUAUCCAAUGUAAACAAGUUAUCCAAUCAGACGCUGAAGCAAUCUUCAAACUUAAGGAGUUUAUUGUUCAAAGUCUAUCAAAUUCUCUGAAUUCAAUUUCCCACUUAAAAAAUCAAACAAAGCUGAAAAAUAAUUCCAAGCUAAUUGAAGUAGAAAAAUGGAAAAAAUAA